GAUACCAGUUGUGCGCUCUCGCUUUCCCUAUCCGCAAUCCAGGAUCCUGUGAACCAACCAAUCAAUAAUCGAGCAGAAGGACGUCUAGCGUCGCAAUUUUUGAACGCUGGGCGUCGACACUGCCUUUUUGCCAGUGCCAAAAAAACUCUCAGUGUUGUGAAAAACUCAAAGAUGAGCGUCAAGAUGACUCGAUAUACACACGCUGACUUCACAGACGACGAUAGUGUAAAUAGUGUACAAUUAACCGAAGGUAUAAGCACCAGUGCGACUCAUAUACGGUACCAUGCUGGUACCGGCAUAUGGAAACAGCGUACUAUGCUAGAAAAAGCCCUUCUUGUUCUUAUAGCGACUUUAUUCUUCGUAAUUGUAGUUUUAACAAUCAUUCUUCAUUCGGCGGAACACCGGAUACAUGAAUCCAGGUUAUUUUCCCAGAUAAUCCACGUGCAAUCAGGCGACAACCUCCCCUGCUUGAACAAAUCCUGCGUCCAAAUCGCCAGUAACAUCCUCUCAGCUAUGGACCUCUCCGUCGACCCUUGCAAGGACUUCUACUCCUACUCGUGCAACGGUUGGGUCAAAGCCAACCCAAUCCCCGACGGUAAAAGCACCUGGGGCACUUUUAUGAAACUCGAACAACAAAACCAACUCGUCAUCAAGCACGUCCUAGAGCAACCAAUCGAAAACCUCAAAUCGAAAGCGGAGGAAAAGGCCAAAAUGUACUACGAGUCCUGUUUGGACGUCAAUGACACUGUUGAGGACUUGGGGGCGGAUCCCAUGCACACUGUUAUUAGAAAACUAGGCGGAUGGAGUAUCACCGACAGCGGUUUUAACCCAAAAAACUGGACGUUGCAGAAUUUAGUUCAAAUGGUGCAAAAUAAGUAUAAUAUCGGGGCGCUGUUUUCGUAUGUCGUGGGGGAGGAUGAUAAGAAUUCCUCGAGGUAUAUAUUGCAGAUUGAUCAGAGUGGGCUGACGUUACCUACGAGGGAUUAUUAUUUGAAUGAAACUGAACAUUCUAAGGUUUUAGAAGCCUACCUUGAUUAUAUGACCAAAGUUGGGGUUUUACUAGGAGGGGAAGAGAACUCCACCAAAGAACAAAUGCAAGCUGUGAUAGAAUUUGAAACUAGGUUAGCCAACAUUACGACACCGAGUGAACUAAGGAGGGAUGAAGAGUCGCUCUAUAAUUUGAUGACCCUCACUGAGCUGAGGCAAAGAGCCAAAUUUUUGGACUGGCGGGCUUUCUUCGAAAACGCCAUGAAAAUCGUAAAUCGCAAAGUGUCUCCAAAGGAAAAAAUAGUAGUUUAUGCUCCCGAAUAUUUAGGAAACUUAUCAAGUCUAAUCGACGAAUAUCAAAGUACGCCCGAGGGCAAUAUCACUUUAAAUAAUUAUCUUGUUUGGCAAACGGUGCGAGUGUUCACUGGGUGCCUCUCGAAGGCGUUCCGUGACGCCUACAAGGGCUUGAGGAAGGCUUUGAUGGGCUCGGAGGGCGGCGAGGAGCCCCAAUGGAGGUACUGCGUCCAAGACACAAACAAUGUGUUGGGCUUCGCAAUCGGUGCAAUUUUCGUCCGUGAAGUUUUCAAUCUGGAAUCCAAGACCCAAGCCGAAGAAAUGAUCAAUAAUGUGCGAAACGCCUUCAAAGGGAAUUUUGCUAAACUCAAGUGGAUGGAUGAGGAUACAAGGAAGGCGGCUGUGAUCAAAGCCGAUGCGAUUUCGGACAUGAUCGGUUAUCCCCAAUUCAUUCGUGACUCCAAGCAACUUGAUGAUCGCUACGAAGAACUCGACGUACACAGCGACACCUACUUUGUAAACAACCUAAAUAUCAAUUUUUUCAAUUUGCGCAAAAAUUUGGAAAAAAUCAAGGAGCCUGUGAAUAAAACAACAUGGAGUAUGGCGCCUUCUACAGUCAACGCCUACUACACUCCGACCAAAAACCAGAUGGUUUUCCCGGCUGGUAUCCUCCAGAACCCCUUCUACGACCCCAGUUUCCCCCCGAGUCUCAAUUACGGGGGCAUGGGGGUCGUCAUGGGGCACGAACUCACCCAUGGAUUCGACGACCAAGGCCGCGAGUUCGACAAAGACGGCAAUUUGAACCAUUGGUGGAAAAAAAAGACCAUCGACUUGUUCAAAGCACGCACCAAAUGCGUCGUGGACCAAUACAAUAAAUACACAAUUAAUGGGAAGAAUGUCAAUGGGAAUCAGACUCUAGGGGAGAAUAUCGCCGAUAAUGGGGGUUUGAAAGCUGCAUAUCACGCGUAUUUGGCACUGAUGAAGGAUAAACCAGAGCCCAAAACGCUUCCAGGGCUUCCUUUGAACCACAAACAGCUGUUUUUUGUCGCUUUCGCACAAGUUUGGUGCUCCGCGGUAACCAAGGAAGCUAUGGCGUUGCAAAUUGAGAAGGAUUCGCAUUCACCGGCGAGGUUUAGGGUUAUUGGGGCUUUGAGUAAUUUGAAGGAGUUUGGGGAGGUGUUUCAAUGUCCGGCAGGAUCGCCUAUGAAUCCCAAAAAUAAGUGCGAAGUGUGGUAGAGUGAUGAUUGUACCUGAUUUUUUUCCAAGGGUGUGUUUGAGGGGGUUGAAUGCUCCAGUGGAAAUUGUGAUUUUUUUUGCUUAAAUAAACGGUUACCAAAGUUGCUUUCGUAGGUUA